CACUCAUCGUUGCGGACCGGCCACUUCGCGUUGUCUUUGACGUUCGUUAUCGAUCCGUCACUCUCCUUAUGGAGUCACAAUAUCGCCGCUGUUGUUGUGGUUGUUAAACGGUAAUUACGUGUUGUAUACCUGUCAACCCAUACGGUUUACCCCGUAUUCUUAUAACAGGAGGAAUUGAGUUUUCAGUGCAAGGAGACGAUGGUGCACAGUUGAUCAUUGUGGGUGGCCAAGGAGAUGGAGUGGCCACUGGACCUGGCGAAUAUCCUCACCUCCUCGUCAGCCAAAGAGCGGGACAUCGAGGCAUUGCCGGUGAUCUCAGCCAGCGACCCAGAUGCUUCCUUCAUCUUCCAGCCACAACAGAUUAGUUUUGGAAAAGACAACCCGUUUUUUGAAGAUGGGGAUGUUUAUCGCCACAUGUACAUACGAGAUGCUCUAAGCAGCUAUGAAGAGGACAUUGAAUCGACCAAGGUGGAAGCUUUUGGAUGUCACAUAGCAGCCUGUGGGCAGGUGUUUGACACACUGGCAAGCUACGACCACCACUACAACGCAGCACACAGACACGUGUGUAUGACGUGCCACCGCUCGUUCCCCUGCGGCCAUCUGCUGGAGGUGCACAUCUCAGAGUGGCAUAACGUCCUCUUCGAUGUCAUGGCUCAACGGCAGAACAUGUACCGAUGCCUGGUGGAGAGCUGUGGAGAAAAAUUUGCGACGGCCAAGCACAGGAAGCAGCACCUCAUCAAGAUGCACAGCUACCCCUCCGACUUUCGCUUUGACCAACCUGCCAAAGGCCCCAAGCCCUCUAAAACAACUAAGCAAAUGCAGCCAAGCAAACAGGUAUCAGGGGUUCCAAGUGGCUGUGAAGGAAUGGACGAGAUUCCAGUUGAGUCCAUGGAUGUAUGUUCCGGUGGUGAUAGUGAGGUCUUAACCCCCAGCCCCGCCACCCGACACAACAGAGUACCUAAAACUAUCUGUUUUGGACAUGGCUCAGCGAGAACCUUCCAGAGAGGAAAGAAGAAGAGAUGAUUGCUGCCCUUAUGCCUUGGCAGUUUUCUCCAACAACACGCCUUGUUUAUAUUCUGUGUCCGUGUAUUUCCAGUGAUUUUAAGGAAUCAAUGUCAAUCAUGUUCUCAUACUUGCAGUUUGACAGCAUUUGUGUUAUUAAUAAAGGCCUGCAUUGAA